AUGGACCGUGUUCCUUUCUUCUUGGAUUCCUUCAUCAAUGGUGACCAAGCUAGGAGCAUGAAGACAACCGCUGCUGGUAUUGGCACUAUUCUCAUAGAUCGUUUCGGCGCAUUCCAAUUCACAAUCUUGAUGGCUGGCUUCACAAAGGAGGUUCGUUCUGUCAAGGCGUUCACCCGCAACUCCACCACGAACCCGACUGUGUCCGCACAAGUUGCUGAUUUCUUUGCUGAUUUCGAAGGACCGGAGCAAGCUCAUGGCAAGUGGUGGCCAGACGUUGCAUGGUUGCUGAAUGCCCUGAACGAUCGGUAUGAAAUCUCAGCCAGUACCGAGCUGCUUGGAACACCGGCAGAUAUCACCGGAGCCCUUUCUACCAGCGUUGGCGGGGGAUUUGGAUUCUAUCACUUUGAUGGUCUUAUGCUGCCAACAACACCAGCCGAAUACAUGGGCUUCUCAUAUGUCUACAUGAGCUCAAACAACAGUAUUACGCUAUCCACUAUCAUUGUCGGUGACAAUGGCAAGGCUCACACCGUCCGUGUGGUGGACAGCAGCUCAAUUAUCUAUUUCAAGGUCAACAACACUGCAGUCAACUCCUCUAUACUAUCUGAAAGCAUCACUGACUGGAACAGCACAGUGAAGAAUAUGCUGACCUCGGGACAGCUGUCUGUGCAAGCUCUGGAUAACAGUGGUACUGUGUUGCUGCAGAGACCACUCAGGAUCAGUGAGAGAGGUCAGUCCUUACCCCCAGUACAAUGA